AUGGCUUGUUCUAUUCCCUCUCUGCUCAUCUGCCUGCUUCUUCUUGCUCCCCAGCUUGGCAGCUCUUACCACACCACCAGCUACUCCCACGGUGGAACGCAUGUCGUCCUCCGUUCAUCCCAGGAUUCAAGGGUUCCGCCGAGCUGCUCGCCCAUCCAUUCCGGUGAUGACGGGGGGCCGCUGCCUGUAAUGCAUCGCCGGAGCGCGUGCUCUCCUUCUGGCGCCGGCUUGGACCAAAGCAAGCCCUCGGUCGACGACACCUUCGACCGCGACGCCCUCCGCCUAAGCACGCUCUUCGGGAAGUCUGGUGUGACGAUCCCCUCGACCGGCACUCCACUGGCGGCUUUGCCGGGCGCGUCCGAGUACCACGUCGCCGUCGGCUUCGGUACGCCGGUGCAGAAGUUCCACGUGGGGUUCGACACGGGCAGCGCCUCCGCGGGAGCCACGCUGCUCCAGUGCAAGCCGUGCGCCGUGGCCCGUGGCGCGCCGUGCCCCCGUGCUUUCGAUCCGUCCAAGUCCACCUCCCUAGUCCACGUCCCGUGCGGCUCGCCGGACUGCGACGUAAGCGAGUGCAAGGGACGCCGCUGCACGCGCACACUCAACUGGAAAAACGGGCUGCAAAAUGCCACCUUCGUGACCGACACGCUCACGCUCACGCGGUCGGUUAUCGUAGAUAAGUUCAGGUUCUUUUGCCUGGAGAUGGCCGCCAGAUCGGGGGACGGCUCGUCCGGCAUCCUCGACCUCAGCCGGGACAGGCACUCGCUGGCAUCCCGGGUGGCUCCGUCUCGGGCCACGGUGGCCUUCUCCUACUGCCUGCCGUCGUACGCCGACUCCAUCGGCUUCCUCUCCGUCGGCGGCGCCCGGCCGGAGCUCGCCGGCCAUAACGUGACCUACGCCACCCUGCGGAGCAAGGCCCUCCACCCGAACCUCUACUCUGUCCAGCUCGUCGGUUUCUCCAUCGCCGGCCAGGACCUGAAGAUCCCGCCCAUCAAACUCGUUGGUGACACGGUGUUCGAACUGCACACCACGUUCACCUACCUGAGGCCGGACGUCUACGCGGUCCUUCGCGAGCAAUUCAAGGGGUGGAUGAGGCCGUACCGCCUGGCGCCGCCGUUGGGUGAUCUCGACACGUGCUACGACUUCACCGGCUUGAGCUCCAUGAUCCUGCCGGAUGUCACGCUCCGCUUCAAGGGCGGGGCGACCAUGGACCUUGACAUCGAGAACUUCAUGUACUUCAAGGACCCCGAGAACCACUUCUCUGUGGGGUGCCUCGCGUUCGCCGCGGCGCGCACCCUGGAGCCGGUGGUUGCGGUGAUCGGGACCUUGGCGCAGGGGAUGACGGAGGUGGUCUAUGACGUGCUCGGAGGAAAGGUUGGGUUAAUUCCCCGCCGCUGCUGA